GCCCCUUGUUUUCAUCUCUAUCCCUUGCUUUCCGCCUUUUCCCUUCUAAUUUCGCUACAUUCAUUUUUUAGUCCCCUCUUUGUCGCAUACAUACAUACCAUUAUCCUAAACAGACGGACACAAUGGCAAAGAUAUCCCGCCCUCCAACCUGCAUUGCAGUGCAAUGUCCCGGGUGCAGCGAAUUCGUAGAGUUUGACCUUCCCAAGGGUGACGAAGCGGCGCUGUGCGACGUGACAUGCUACAAAUGCAAAAGAGACUUCCCUAUGGACGUCAAGGAUGUCCCCUUCUGGAAGGCCAGCGAGCCGAGCGAUAAAUCGCGCGGCGUGCCAUCGCCGGCCAGACCGCUAGAGACAGAGUACUACGAGUGGCUCGAGAUUACGCCGGCAGCCACACAGGCCGAGAUUAAGAAGAAGUACUACGUGUUAGCGCUCAAGUACCACCCAGACAAGAACCCCACGCCGGAGGCCGAGGAUAAGUUUAAGCAGAUUUCGGAGGCCUACCAGGUGUUGUCCGACCCCAAGCAGCGCAGCCAGUACAACGAGCUGGGCGCAAUGAAGAACAGGGAGGACAAUGCCAUGGUCGACCCGACGUUCUUCUUCAACCAGUUGUUCGGCGGCGAGCGCUUCCUUGGCAUGAUUGGCGAGCUCAACAUCAUUGCUGAGCUCACCCAAGUGGCCGAGCAGGCUAUGGAGGACGAGGAGGCCAGCGCUAAGGAUGCAAAGGCGCUUGAGGGCAGCAGCACCCCAGUGACCGAGGACGAGAAGGAGGCCCGCAAGCUCGAGAAGAGGCGCAAGAGAGAGGAGAUGAUAAAGAAGCACAAGGAGACUGAUGAGCGCAACACAGCCAGGGUCAAGGAGCUGAGCGAGAACCUCAAGAAAAAGCUGGAUAUCUACGUCCAGAACACGGAGGCCGAACCCAAGGCCGCGCUGGUCGCCUGGGAGGAGCAGGUCAAGGCUGAGGCCGAGGACCUCAAGACGGAGUCGCUCGGCGUCGAGCUUCUGCACACGAUUGGUGGCAUCUACCGCUUCCAGGCCAAAAAGUACAUGGAGAAGCAGGAGUUCCUCGGCGGCUUCCGUGGUGUCUACCAGGGGCUGAAGGAGACCGGUCAGAUUAUGAGUGGCGCUUACUCGACCAUCAAGGCCGCGCUAGAGCUGCAGCGCACGUACGCCGAACUUGCCAAGGCCGAGGAGAACAACAUCUCGCCCGAGGAGAAGCAGCGCCUUGAGGAGGCCGCCGCGAAGAAGGCGCUCGAAGCACUGUGGAAAAGCGGUCGCCUGGAGAUUGAAAACAUCCUGCGCGAGACCUGCAACAUCGUGCUCCACGAUAAGCAGGCGACAAGAGGACAUCUAUGCCAAGUCAAGCCUGACCCGAACCAGGUGCCAAACCCGUUCAUGCCAUUCGAGACCACUGCCUAAUUUGGCAGAUAGCUCUGUAGCAAUUUACAACACUUUUUUCAUUCAAUCUUUAAUCCAAACAAUAAUUCAAUCGACCGAUCCA